GCGGAAGGACUGGGCGAGCCCGGCGGCUGAAUGCCGACGGCUCCCCUGGACGCCGCGGGCGGAGGCGCCGCGCGCCCGAGCCCCCAGCCCCGAGCCCGGAGCCCGCCGGCGCCAUGGAGACGGCGCUGCUGGGGUUCUGCAACUGGAGCACGCUGUGCGCGUGCGCGGCGCUCAAGCUGCCGCAGAUCUCGGCCGUGCUGGCGGCGCGCAGCGCGCGGGGCAUCAGCCUCUCGAGCUUGCUGCUGGAGCUGGCGGGGUUCCUGGUGUUUCUCCGGUACCAGUGUUACUACGAGUACCCGCUGCUGACCUACCUGGAGUACCCCAUUCUCAUCGCACAAGAUCUCAUCCUCCUGCUCUGCAUCUUCCAUUUCAAGGGGAACGUGAAACGGGCGGCUCCGUAUGUCGCCCUAUUUGUGACGUUGUGGUUCGUCCUCACCCUGCAGAAGUGGAUCAUAGAUCUGGCCAUAAAUUUAUGUACUUUCAUCAGUGCGGCCAGUAAGUUUGCUCAGCUCCAGGACCUGUGGAAGACCAGGGACUCGGGAGUUGUGAGUGCUCUGACUUGCAGCCUCGCUUCAUACACCUGUGCGACAAGAAUAAUAACAACUCUAAUGACCACCAACGAUCUUACAAUUCUUACACGUUUUGUGAUCAUGCUGGCUUUAAAUAUAUGGGUAACAGCUACAGUACUUCACUACCGGAAGACCGCUGUAAAGGCUGAAUGAUGGAUCCGUUAUUCCUACACACAAAGUGGAUUUUGAAUUAACUGAACCAAAGGGAAAAAUGCUCGUUGCUAAAUCAAGGUCCUUUAUAAGUUUAGUCAAUUGUUUCAGAAACCUGGAAGCCAAAGGUGUUUUAGACUUGAAAGAACCACAUAAACACUUGGUCAGAAAUGUCACUUUCCCUCCUUCCCCCACUGUAUCAGGUUAAGGUAGGGCUCAGACAGCUGUAGUUUUGAGAAGGCUGGUGACUGAUGGACACCAUCCAAGAAGCCCAUUUUGAGGAGACCACUUUGACCCUUACUCUUCAAGUCAUGAUAAGUUCUCUCUCAAGAGCUAACCACAUCUAUUUUUCAACUUUCAGAAUCUUUUAAGAAAUAAAUCCUCUCCACAGCACAAAUGAACAUGAAUAGAGUGGGAUUUUGCUCAGUCAGAAAUAUAAUUGUAAUAAAUUACUAGGGUGGACUUUGUGGGACUAAUGUUUAAUUGUAACAGAUAUAGCAGGAUGGCCUUACUGUGUCAUAGUACAGUAUAAUACCUCCUUAGGCUAUAUACAGCAAGGAUAUCAAGGCAAGCAAAAAUGUAAUUGGCUUGACUUCAUAUACCAAAGUAGUCCUUUAGCCUCAUACUGUGCCUUUAAGUAAUUCCUAACAAAAGGUGCUAUUAGCUGCAGUCUCUACUU